GCCUCUCCUGUUGGCUUUGGAGUGAAGUCAACCUCCAUUUUCUCCAUGACCCUUCAGUGGGAGGGAGUGCCUUGCAUUCAUCAGAAUGGAGAGAUAACUGGCUACGUUGUCAAGUACUGGGCACAAGGGAAUGAAACUACCGAGACUAUAACCUAUGAUGGUUCAAAGACUGAUGCUACCAUCUCAGAUCUUUUACCAUCUUCCAAUUACUCUUUUCAAGUGGCGGGGAUUAACAGUGCUGGUACUGGGGUGUUCAGUGAGCAAGUCACGGGAAAGACAGAGAGACUUAUCUCACUGUCACUUGAGACACCACUAGCUCUGAACCCCGAUGCUAAAAAUCCUGAUGUGUCCAUCGUGGCCAUAUCUAGCACUCUGCCAUGUGACUGGACUCUACGUCCAUCAGUGAACUAUUUGAACGACGGUGAAGUAGAUCCAGACUGCUCUGUAAAAAAGACCCCAACCACUGCUCCAACUACAAACUCUGGUUAUCUAAUAGCAGGAGCAGUGGCAGCAAUACUCAUUUUUGUUGGUGCUAUCAUCAUUAUCCUCAUAGUUGCCUACAGAAGAAGAUACCGUGGACAUAUCUCACUCAAACAAAAGAGGGAAAGUGUUGAGUUACACGUUUUCUGAAAAUGCUGCCUACAAUAAGUUGUAAGAGGAGAGACUGAUAUCAACUACGAAACUGUUUGAUAUCUAUCAGCAAAUUGAGCCAGAAUCAGACAGUAUUCCAUAUUAUGCCUCCUCAAAGUCCCUUGAGCUCGUUCAGACCACACACAACAAGCCAAGCAGUGCAGGAGAACACGAGAUGGAGUAUUCCAAUACAAUGCCCUCCAGGAUGGUCAAACAUACGGUUCAGUAUGAAACUGUCGAAUCCUCAGUCCCGAGCAAGAUUGACAAGCAACCUGAACAGGUUUAUGCACGUCCUGGCCCUUCAGCAGGUAAAGUGAAGAAACACGAGGGAGAGUAUGAGAAUCUUACUCGCUCAGUGCCCACAGCAAUUAAAAGGAGGAGUGAGAGAUGCUAUGAAAAUGUAACCAACCCAACCCCUGGCCUUGGGAAAAUGGAAGGGGAGAGAGAGUAUGCAAGUAUAUCUUGUGCAAUGCCCACUACAAAACAAUCAGAGGGAAAGAGUGGAUACAAAAGCGUUUCCAACCUCAUACCACACCUCACAAUAAAGGAAGAAAGUAUAGAGUAUGCUAUACCCAGUCGUGUUGUUCCUAAUCCCACAGAUAAGCGGAGCGAGAAGUAUGAAAAUGUUUCACCUCUUAAUGAUGAUGGUGAACGAUAUGCAACCAUACCAGAUUAGAAUUAUUAACAAAACACAACUUGAUUGCAACUUAUACGUACGUAGUUGUAGUGUUUCCUAGUUUUCACACAAUAGCGACAGGUACUAUAAUUAUACUAGAUGUAUUAGCUAUAGGAAACGACAGUUGGAAUUGCUUAUUACAUGCUCCACAGAAUUGUAAUAACCACGUGUGUGCUUUUAUAUAUGCAACCUCACUUAUAAUUUCAUAUGCUUGUGGUAAGUAUGUUGUCCAUAAGGGUGUCACUAUAGGGGUUGAA